UCUUCAGAACUCUUAUGGUGAAACUAGUUCGCGGGUUCGGAUCCGGCAGAAGAACAAAAUCCUCAUAACCCUAGGAUGGAUCCAUCCAUAGUGAAAUUCAUGGAGGACGACGAGGACGAGAGCUUGCACUCCGGGGCGGACGUCGAGGCGUUCUCCGCCGCAUUGACCCGGGACAUCGGAGGAGAUCCCCCAUCCCAUGCCCCCCAGCCUCCGGACCAUGAUGCUGAAUUGAACAAUCAAGGCAGCAAUCCUGGACCACAAAAAUUACUUGAACAAUGGAAAGCUAGCACUGAAGAUGAAAAUCCGGGACAAGGGAUGCGUCAAACUGAAGAGCAGCAUUUGCAGUCAGAUGAAAAGCAACAUCUCUCUCUCACAGAGCAAUCAAAUCAGGAACUUGGUGUCAAUGAAAAUGAUCAAUCAACAGAAAAUCAGUCAGAUAAGCGUCAUCACCACUUACAAGAGGGACAUUCUCAAUCUGACAAGCAGUGGAACCCUUCCUCAGCUGUUGAGAAGGAUGAAAUCAAUACAAUUGACAAAAAUUCUUUUCACCCUCACAAACAGGAAAGAGUUCAGUCCUCUUCGUCUCAAGGUCACAGUUCUCAGCAGUUAAAUGCACAACAAUCAUUAGCUUCCAAUGAAGAAAAUCAUCCACGUAGUUUGCAGCAUUCAAAUGUUCAACAGCCACAGGGUCCUAGUGAAACAGCCAAUUUAGCAAGGCAGACGAAGCCAAUGCCUACUAUACCAUUCCACUUGUUGAUCCCAAUUCUACAUCCUCAUCUUGAUAAAGAUAGAUCAAUGCAACUUCAGGCCAUUUUUACUAAGCUAAGGAAUAAUGAAGUUAGCAAGGAUGAUUUCUUAAGGGUUAUUAGGAAUAUUGUUGGUGACCAGAUGCUUAGACAGGCAGCUCAGAAACUGCAAAUGCAGCUUCAAGCCCAAGCAAGUCGAAAUCCACCAACAAACCCGAACCUAUAUUCUCUACAGAACCAGAAGGGACAGAAAUCUUCCCCCAAUGUUCCAGCUUCAACAAUUCAAAGGCAAACUGAGUCAAGUUUUCCAACACUCGACAAUAGUAUCCAGAAGUCCCAAGUAGAUAAUAAGUCAGAUGGAAAGGCGACACAUUUUGGUCAAACUCGCUCUGCUGGUUUGAGUGCAGGGAACCAAGAAAAGGAAAGUGCAACGACCUCAUUGCAAGCAGUUAACAAACCAUCCUCCUCGAUGUAUGGAAACAUACCAUCUAAUUUUCAUUCUCAUCCUUAUCCUAGGCUUUCAAUUGGUGCCCAGGCAACUACCCAAAGGCUACAGGGCCAGGUUUCACAAACAAAACAAGCACUGCAUGCCCAAGGCAUUACUGCAACCCAACUUGGGUCUAGUCAGCUCAUGGGUUUGGCAAAUAUGCCAAAGUAUGAAAGUAUUGGCAACGAGUCUAAGAGAAUUCAUGGUGGGUCUUUAGCCAGUCAUACAUUGCAAGCUUAUCCAAACAAACCAAUGAGCCUUGUGAAGCCAGAAGUAAUUGAUCAGGCUUCUGAUCCUCUUGGAAGGCCUCAACAAACAGGUUCAGAAGGCUCUUCAUUUGGUAUAAAGGAAAUUGAACAAAAUGAGCAGUUGACGUCUAGAAUGGGGUUUUCAACGCCUACAACUACGGCUGGAAAUCAUGCUUUGGGACCAGCACCAACCAGUGACGGAACGACACAGAUUUCAUCUGCAACGCUUUCCAAAACUGCCCAGAAAAAAGGUUCUGCAGGGCACAAAAAGCCAUUGGAAGCUUCAGGCACUUCACCUCCAUCAAGCAAAAAGCAGAAAACUUCUGGGGCAUUCCAUGAUCAGAGCAUCGAUCAACUGAAUGAUGUUACAGCUGUCAGUGGAGUUAAUCUUAGGGAGGAAGAGGAGCAGCUAUUAUGUGCUCCUAAAGAGGAGAGUCGGGCUUCCGAAGCCAGUCGAAAAGUUGUGCAAGAGGAAGAAGAAAGAUUAAUUCUCCAGAGGGGUUCUCUUCAGAAAAAGCUAGCAGAAAUCACAUCUAAAUAUGGUAUAAAGAGUAUCGGCAGUGAUGUGGAGCGGUGCUUGUCAUUGUGCGUAGAAGAGCGCUUACGUGGAUUGUUAAGUUACCUGAUCAGGCUGGCAAAGCAGAGGGUUGAUAGUGAAAAGGCAAGACACCGGUUUGUUGUUACGUCAGAUGUUGGACGACAAAUCUUGUCGAUAAACAAACAAAUAAAGGACAACUGGGAAAAAAAACAGGCGGAGGAGGCGGAAAAGCUCCGAAAAGCCAAUGAUGCCGAUAUAAAGACUGGAAGUGAAACAGAGAAGGACAAAGAGAAGGAGAAGGAAAAAGAAGACGGUCGUCUAAAGGCAACCAAGGUGGCCAAUAAAGAAGAAGACGACAAAAUGCGAACUAACGCCGCGAAUGUCGCCGCUCGAGCUGCCGUUGGUGUAGGCGAUAUGUUAUCCAAGUGGCAGCUAAUGGCCGAACAAGCUCGACAAAAGCGUGGAGGAUUGGAUGGAACAUCUUCAUCCCAGUCUACGAAAACUAUUAGCGAUAAAUCUACUCCAAACUUCAAAAGGUCUGAACUGCAAGAAUCCGAAACGCAUGGUUCCCCAGCACCUCAGCCUGGAAUCAGACGAAAAGCUCCCAGAAUUCAAUCUGGGAUGCCAAAUGUUAAAGUUCCCUGCAGCAUCUCUGUGAAGGAUGUGAUAUCAGCCUUAGAGAGGGAGCCCCAAAUGUCAAAAUCAAGUUUGUUAUACAGACUCUAUGAGAGAAAAGGUGGUGAUUCUGCUGCAGUGGAACAGCUUGGUUCGCUCUAAUAAAAAGGUACGUGUGCCAUUCAAAAAAGUUUGGUUGUGGGGUUAGGAAGUUAGGAAGUAGAAGGAAAUGUAGCCAAGGAAAGCAGACUAUAAGUUGUGCAUUUCUUUCUGCUAUGUUUUGUUCUGUGUAAUAUUUUUCGAAAUAUAUUUUUUCUAUUGUUGCAGCUUUUAACUCAUCAAUCUGU